AGGCGGCGGCGGCGGCGGCGGGCGCUGGGGCAGCCCCGUCUCGCCGCCGGCCCGGAAGGGCUGGCCGGGCCCGGGGGGCGGCUGACCCCGAGGGGGCCGCAUGUGCCCCCCGCCGGGCACCGAGGCAGGACGGAGGAGGAGGCGGAGGGAGAGGCCGCCCCGGCGGCGGGGCUGCUCGGUAGGCCCGAGCGGGGCCGCCGGAGCCGUGAGGAGGAGGAGGCGGCGAUGGAGGGGCUGGCCGGGUACGUGUACAAGGCGGCGAGCGAGGGCCGGGUGCUGACCCUGGCCGCGCUGCUGCUCAACCGCUCCGAGAGCGACAUCAAGUACCUGCUGGGCUACGUGAGCCAGCACGGCGGGCAGCGCUCCACCCCGCUCAUCAUCGCCGCCCGCAACGGCCACGCCAAGGUGGUGCGGCUGCUGCUGGAGCACUACCGCGUCCAGACCCAGCAGACCGGCACCGUGCGCUUCGACGGCUUUGUGAUUGAUGGAGCCACGGCGCUGUGGUGCGCGGCAGGAGCCGGCCACUUUGAGGUGGUCAAACUGCUGGUGAGUCACGGCGCCAACGUGAACCACACGACGGUGACCAACUCCACCCCGCUGCGGGCCGCGUGUUUCGAUGGCCGCCUGGACAUCGUGAAAUACCUGGUGGAAAACAACGCCAACAUCAGCAUCGCCAACAAGUACGACAACACUUGCCUUAUGAUCGCGGCUUACAAAGGGCACACGGAGGUGGUGCGGUACCUGCUGGAGCAGCAUGCCGAUCCCAACGCUAAGGCCCACUGCGGCGCCACGGCGCUGCAUUUCGCUGCCGAAGCCGGUCACUUGGAGAUUGUGAGGGAACUGGUCAAGUGGAAGGCGGCAAUGAUGGUGAACGGCCAUGGGAUGACACCGCUGAAGGUGGCGGCCGAGAGCUGCAAGGCCGACGUGGUGGAGCUGCUGCUGGCUCACGCCGACUGCGACAGGAGGAGCCGGAUCGAAGCGCUGGAGCUUCUGGGUGCCUCGUUUGCAAAUGACAGAGAAAACUAUGAUAUAAUGAAGACUUACCACUAUUUAUAUUUAGCGAUGCUGGAGAGGUACCGAGACAGUGAGAGUAUAAUUGAAAAGGAAGUUCUUCCGCAAAUUGAAGCGUAUGGAAACAGGACCGAAUGCAGGACUCCUCAGGAAUUAGAGUCAAUUAGGCAGGACAGAGACGCCCUUCACAUGGAAGGGCUCAUCGUGCGAGAAAGAAUUCUGGGCUCAGACAAUAUCGAUGUUUCUCACCCCAUUAUUUACCGGGGCGCUGUUUAUGCGGAUAACAUGGAGUUUGAACAGUGCAUCAAGCUGUGGCUCCACGCGUUGCAUCUGAGGCAGAAGGGCAACAGGAACACUCAUAAGGACCUCCUGAGGUUUGCUCAGGUCUUUUCUCAGAUGAUCCACUUAAACGAGCCUGUUAAGGCCAAGGACAUCGAGAGCGUUCUGAGGUGCAGCGUCUUGGAGAUUGAACAAGGCAUGUCCCGGAUCAAAACCACCCAGGACUCUGACAUCCACACAGCCAUGGACAACUACGAAUGCAACAUUUUUACCUUUCUCUACUUGGUCUGCAUCUCUACCAAGACCCAGUGCAGCGAAGAGGAUCAGUCGCGAAUCAAUAAGCAGAUUUAUAACCUGAUUCACCUUGAUCCCAGAACUCGGGAUGGCUCCAGUUUGCUGCAUCACGCCGUCAACUCCAGCACGCCGGUCGACGACUUCCACACCAACGAUGUCUGCAGCUUUCCCAACGCGCUGGUCACAAAACUCUUGCUGGAUUGUGGCGCUGAUGUGAACGCUGUGGACAAUGAGGGGAAUAGUCCACUCCACAUCAUCGUCCAGUACCACAGGCCCAUCAGUGACUUCUUGACGUUGCAUUCCAUCAUCAUUAGCCUGGUGGAGGCUGGUGCUCACACAGACAUGACAAAUAAGCAGAAGAAAACCCCUCUUGAUAAAAGUACGACGGGGGUGUCCGAAAUACUCCUUAAAACUCAAAUGAAGCUGAGUCUCAAGUGCCUGGCUGCCCGAGCAGUGCGGAUCUACAACAUCAGCUACCAAAACCAGAUCCCCAGAACUCUGGAAGAAUUUGUGAAGUUUCACUAGGUUAUGUAAAAUCUUUCGUGGUGGUGCUAUCCCGGGACGACAUCGAUCGCAGACAGCAGAACACGUGUAUACAUGAAGUUGUUUAUUCUUUGGGGUUUGUGUUCCUCUGGAUUCAGUCUGCAGCCUCAGUUCUCAUGCACAUCUUGGGGGGAGGUGAAAAAAAAUAGCCACGUGGUUUUCUGUAGUCAAAUCUGAUGCUUUUGGUUGUUUCUUUUAAUUAAAAGAAUUGCAUCAUUAUCUCUUGUUUUUAUAAACAAAAGGCAAAUAAUCCCAAGGUAACUUGUGCAGAAUGUUUUGUAUCCAAUACACAUCUCUGCCUAGGAUUUGCAGCUGAGUUCCUUAGGUGGUUAUUUAAAAAGGCGCCUCCAAAAGCCAGUGUCAGGGCUGCUGAGGCAGCAGCUUUGAAACCUCUUGGAGCGAGGUGGGAAAGAACAAUUGGAAAUUAUGUGGUAGUUGGUUAAAAGCGAAGUCUGGACAUACAGAGCAACCCAUUGCUCUCAUACCUCACCGUCUUUUAAUGCCUUUCAGUUAAUGCUGAAGAUGUUGGUAACAUUUUAAAUUUUAUUUUUUUUUUAGUUUAAUUUGGAACAGCAGUUAUCAAGAGCUACAGAUGUGUGGAAUGCUCUGUUAGGAAAUACAGGUUUAAAUUCAGCUAUGGUAUAUUCAUCUAAUAACAGUUGAAGUAUCAAGCUCCUCAUUUACACUACUACAGUAAGUACUGAGCAACUUUUGAAAAAGGAACUUGCACAUUGACCGAAAUGACCCAGAGUCACUGUUUUUGUGUAGCUAAUUGCUCAUAUAUAAAGAUCAUGCAUGGAUACCUAGAAAAUUGAUAGGGUAUUUGUGUUUGUGUGUGUCCCAACAUUUCAAAAUGCUUUUAACUUGUUUAUUUUGUUGUUGUUCCAAUGAUCAACAUGCACCUUUUUGACUCAAAAGUAUGUAAAACUGCACUCUUGGAUUCCAGAUGCUGUACUUUCCUAACGGAGUAGUCUGUCGCCAAAGAGAACCUUCCUUUGGAGCUGCUUGAAACUGGCUUUUCCGACACACGUGGAGUGAGUCUGUGCCUCCCUGAAUUGGACUGGAAGUUUUUUCAUUAUUUUUACUCCUUUCAUUAUGAAAAAAUCUCUAUGAAACCUGAUUUUUAGAAAAUUGUCCUAUCAUAAAAUCUUUUAUGAUAAGCAACUGAUUGUAUAAUAAUGCUGUUGCUUGAGAAGGUGCUUCUCCUUGGUAGAAGUUGCAGAUACUCCGACAGUAAAAUGUCGCUUGUUUUGACAGGCUACUGAAAACUCUGUUUAUUUUAAAUGCAGCUUUUUAACUGUCAGAUGAUGAAAGAAUGUUCUGUAGGGUUUUUUUUAAACAAUCUGGGUAGGACUUUAAGGUGAGAUUUGGGCACACGAUUCUAUUUGUAUUACAAACAAAUAAACAUUGAAUGUGGAAUUA